AGUGUUCUGUGGUGAUUUGUGUUCUUAGGUUAGGAGGUAUUUUCGUACUAGCGAUUUUAAUUUUUAAUUUUUUGUACCUUUUGUUUGAAGCUUUGUAUUUGUACAGAAUCAAAGCCAUAAACUAGUCCAUGGAAUACUCGCCUAUUUCGUAUUGAUAAAAACUCUUUAUUUCUUAAUUUUCAGUAUUUUCUUCAUAAAGAUUUUCAUAUUUGGUAAUUUGUGUCAUGUAUACUAAACCAAAUUUUCUGUUGUCUCUAUGAAUUAAAAUAAUAAAUAUUAAUGUAACUGGUUUGAGUGGUUAAAAGUAUAUCUUGAGUGGUUUUAUGUUAAUGUUAUUUUCCAUUUUUUACUAAUUUUAUGGACAAGUUACUUCCGACUUUAGUCCAUUAACAAAACGCGUAUAAUGGAAACAAUAAAUGCACACGCGGCUUUUCUUUGCAAUUAUGAAGUUAUGCAAAUUCUACAACAAUUAAAGGAUAGUACUCAGAAAAAACAUAAAAGAGAGGGGUCACUAGCUACUGUUACAUAUGAGACUGUACAUUAUCUUCAGGACACUGAAUGUAAAAAUCAAUCAGAACAAUCUAUACAGAAAUUUCUAGAAGCAAUAAAAAAAUUCAAACUAACAAAAAUGGAAAAAUUGAUGAUGGUAAAUACUCCUCCAAGAACAGAAUUAGAAAUACAAUUGAUUGUCCAAGAAAGUGAAGAAAGGCUUUCAGAGGAAGAUGUUAGAAGCAUCAUAGACAUAGUCAAUGAAAUCUUUCCAGCCAUUGCUACGUGAUGUUAAAACGGCUUAUAUUGUUUAUGUAAUGAUUUAAUUAUGUUAUAUCUAUAUAAAUAAAAUUGUAUAUGUUUGUUUAUUUUGAAAUUUUGACACAGUGUGUGUUUUUAUUUCAGUUUUGACAAACUUACCGCCAUGU